UUAAACCUCGACCUUUGCUGUGAAUGCACUCCUUCGACCUUUUCCGCAUAUUCCCAAAUUAAUGCAAAAUGAGUGAAUUGCUGUACUAACUUAAGUAAAAUUUCGUUGGUCAGAUACGCCUCAAUAGCAUACGCUCGCUACUCUGUUGACCAGCGAUCUAUUGUCACUAAUCAAUCCGCAACCCCCACGAAAUCCGCACAUAAUCCGCGACUCCCUCGCACAUUGCGUUAAAAAAUAUUUAAAUUUGAAAUCGGAACUCUGCCUAUGAACAACAACGAUGUGACAGGCUAUAUUUAAAAGUACUUAGCACAAGUCAAAUUAUUCCACCAAACCUUUCCUAUCGGCCAAGUUCCUUGUAAAAUUAAUUGAUUGAAGGCGGAAACACAAAGAGCGUUGACGACUUCGCGAUCAAUUAAUUGACAACACAUCAAAAAGGAAUCAAACGUCACGGGCCAGUUUCGUCACGUCUCGGCGCGGUCAAUACGCUAAUUUGGAUCCAAGUAAUUAAUACGGAGCUACCUGUAACACGGUGCGAAGCGGGGCGAAGGCGGUCGAGGUACGAGGCAACCCUACCUACGUUUAGACUUUAGUGGGCCGCGCGGCGCGCGACAGGGUUCACGUAUACGUUACGUGCAGCGUCACGCAAUAUAACUGAACGUCGAACUUACAGAAUAGAGUUUAAUUUAUUUUUAAAACUGUAUUUUGUAGUUGUUGGUGUGUGUGAGGAAGUGGUUGUGGUUAAAGGAAACUUUAAUAGGUGCCGACGGCGUGGCUAAAACACUCCUGAAUAAUUCAAAGCGAUAUUAACCGAGUCCCGAACGGCUCGUGCGUGAUACAAAACUGUGCGGUACUUAAUGUUAAGAAGAUUACAUAUUAUUCGAACAUUCUACUCGAGUUUGAUAUAGCAAAUCCGGUUUUAUAAAUUUAACAGCGCAGAGUUAUAUUACUAUUAAAAACGGAUGUGUUUUGGGAAGUACUUAAAAUUUAAUGUAAAUAUUAACUUAAACCUGUGUUUAAUUGAAAAUCUAAAGUUAAUAUUGGAUAUUGAGUGAAAAAGAAUUCGGUCAUGGCUAUAAAACAAAAGUUAAUCGCAAAUUUGAAUGAAUUAGUGUAUGAAUAAAUACGUUAAACAUAUUAUAAUUCAAUAAAACUAUAUCAAAAAAAAACAAUGAAGUAAAAGAAGGGCGCAUACAUGCUAGAAUUCUAAAAUUGACUAUAACUGUAAGGUCGCUAUAAAUAGUACCAGAAACGAUAGUGUAUCAAACAUACAAAAGAACAAAAAAAACAUAAUGCCGCUAAAACAAAAUGGCCGCGUAGCCGGGAUAAACAAGAUGGCGGAUUAGUGUGUGCAGUGAAGAUGGGAGUUUUGAGGACGUUGACCCGCCACGUGGUGCUGGUGGUGGCGUCGGCGGCGCUCGUGCUCGGGACCGGAGAGUGGAGCGAAGAUGCUGAGGAUCUCGUAUCCACGGUGGAUGUGGACGCGGUGCUGGGCCGCACAGCGUCACUACCUUGCGACGUUUCGCCGGACGCCGGAGAGGAUCGAGUGUACAUGGUGCUCUGGUUUAGGAAGGCUGGCGGAAAACCUAUAUACAGCUUCGACGUUCGCGGCCGCUCGUUCAACAAGGCGCUCCAGUGGUCGGACCCGCACAGCUUCGGGCCGCGCGCGUAUUUCGCCACAGUGGCGCGGCCGGCGGCGCUUACGCUCAGCUCCGUUCAACUAGAUGACGAGGGCACCUACCGCUGUCGCGUUGAUUUCAAGAACUCCCCUACCAGAAAUUUCCAGAUACGACUCACUGUUAUAGUGCCUCCGCAUCAAAUGCUGUUAUACGACAAAUCGGGGGCAGACGUCUCGGGGAUCGUAGGACCAUUAGAAGAGGGCUCAGCCUUAGUACUAGUCUGCGAAGUUAGGGGAGGUCGCCCAGAACCCGUAGUAUCCUGGCUGAUCGACGGCCUGCCAGCUCCGCAGUACAUCGGCGUAAAGACGGACACUCACGUAGUCGUGAACCGGCUGGAACUCCAGCACCUUAAGAGAGAAGACUUGAACACCACGUUCAAGUGCCGGGCGGCGAACACGCAUCUUGUGCCGCCACAGGAGAAGACUGUUAGGCUGGAAAUGAAUCUGUCCCCGAUCUCGGUGUCGCUCGUCAACCGACCGCAGCAGCUGAUCGCCGGAGCAGCCUCGACGUUGCGAUGCGUCGCCGAAGGCAGCCGACCGCCGGCUCAGAUUACCUGGUUCAAAGACAAUAGGAGUCUUGAGAGAGAAAAGGUAAGCGAACACUCGAAUGAGACGUGGUCGGCGAGCACAUUGGUGUUCACGCCCACGCCGCUGGACAACGGUGCGGUGAUCAAAUGCAUAGCGGCCAACCCGGCGUUGCCAAGGAAGGCGAUCGAUGACCACGUGCAGCUCAAUAUUGUAUACAGUCCGCUGGUUACCCUUACGCUGGGCAGUACGCUUAAUCCCCACGACAUAAAGGAGGGGGACGAUGUCUACUUCGAGUGCAACGUCAGAGCCAAUCCGAGGGAGCACAGGAUCACGUGGUUUCAUGAUGACAGACCGGUGUCGCAGAAUAUGACGUCAGGAAUCAUCGUCAGCACCCGCUCGCUGGUUCUGCAGAAAGUGACCCGACAAGAGGCGGGCGCGUACGCUUGCAAAGCUGCCAACGCCAGAGGAGAGACCUCCAGCGAAGUUGUCCGGUUACGGGUGCAAUACGCACCAGUAUGCGCGGAGACGUCGCCGCAAGUGGUAGGCGCGGCGUUGGAUGAGGCUUUACACGUACGCUGCUCGGUGCACGCGGACCCCGCCGACGUCAACUUUCUGUGGGAGUUCAAUAAUAGUGGCGAGAGCUUCAACGUGUCUCCUGCGCGAUAUGGUACAGUGAACAGUAGUAUAAGUGAACUGCGAUACACGCCGGCAAGCGAAAGGGACUACGGCGCCCUGACGUGCCGGGGGACCAACAGUGUCGGCAUACAAGCCAAACCUUGUGUCUUCCAAAUUGUGCCAGCAGCAAAGCCCUCACCCCCUCGCAACUGCACCGUUUCUACUGGUAACGGUUCAAACUGGAUAGAGGACUCCAGCCAAGAUGUCGGCGACAGUCUCGUGAUCCGCUGCGUAGCGGGCUAUGAUGGAGGGCUACCACAGCUAGUGGUGUUGGAGGCUGUGGAUAUCAGCAGUGGUCAGUCGCGGUUUGUCGUAACGGCUAAUGAGACCGAUGGCGUGGCGAUAUUUCUCGUGCCGAUUGGGGCGCUGUGGUCGAUCGGUGGCAGUUUGCAACUAACAGUCCACUCCAGGAAUGACAAGGGGAACUCUGAUCGGAUCACCCUGCAUUCACUCGCUUACCGUGAUCCUGAGAGACGAACCGAUGGCGCUAACAGCAUUAUGGCGGGAGUGACCGCUACUACGUUCUGGGCGAUCGCGCUCACUUUGGUCGUCGGGACUUGCGCUGCCAUCUUCAUCGCCUUUGUGCUGCGGAGGAAAAAGGCAGCAUUACCAACAAAGCAACAGUCGCCCGAGCUGCAACUGAACGCGGGCGACGGGCAAUACGUGGUGGCGUAUACACUUAAACCGCCCAAGCAAGCGCAGCCGGAUAUAUUGAAUCCACCGCCCGACGGCGAUCCGCUUCCAAAGCGGUGUUCGGAAGCGGUGAAGAACGGUGCCCUACGGGAUGAGUGGCCGACGGGCGAGCGUGCGGGCGUCACGCAAGAUGAGCCACGCACGUUACUUUCACCAAUAGCAGCAUCUACCAAAUCUGGUACCACAACGCUCAGUAGGAGAGAACAUCUCAUAGCGGAAGAAAUCCCAGGUCCAGAAAGUUGUGUAUAGACAAUCAUUAAAGAACCGGCCACCAAAACUUGACGCAGCGUAUACGCAACGACGUAUCUUCGUUGCGCUUUUGUCGAAUCUGUUUGAAUGUUGCGUCAAAAUCUUGUGGUCGAUCCCUAAUAGCGAAUAUUUUUAACGAAUUUUGUACAUAGUAGGAAAUGUAGGUAUGUAAUGACUGUCAAAUUGUGAUAAAGACGAUGUAAAUAUUGUAAAAUGGAGGUAUAAAGGAGGAUUAAAAGUGAAGCCAGGC